AAGUAGGGUAUGUUAUUACUCCUGCUCUCUUAGCAGCAAUCAAAGAAUCAAGGUUUGCAAUCGUUGUUCUCUCGCAAAAUUAUGCUUCUUCUGCUUGGUGUUUGGAGGAACUUAGAGAGAUUUGUCUAUCCAUGGAAGACAACAGAAUAUUGCCACUGUUCUAUCAUGUUGAUCCUACUGAUGUUCGAUAUCAGAAGAAGGGAAAUUUCAAAAAAGCUUUCUCCAAGCAUGUAAAAUCUGGGCGACACCAAUCAGAGAAGGUGAAGGAGUGGCAAGCUGGUUUAAACAAAGUGGCCAAUAUCUCUGGGUGGAAUACAAAUGAUCAUAAGACUCACAAAGAGCUUGUUGACGUCAUUGGGGAAUUUCUCCGUAGCAAAAUAGUUACUGAUGGAAUUGAGUCCACAGGAGAUUUCCAAGCAUUUGAAGCAACAAGAAAAGCUAUGGAUAAGGUUAUGAAGGCGCUAGAAGAUGAAGAGGUCAUUGCCGUUGGUGUCUACGGCAUGGGAGGCGUUGGAAAGACAACGAUGGUAAAACAUGUCGGUGCACAUGCCCGAAAAAGUGGGAUUUUUGAACAUGUGAUUAUGGGUAUCGUAUCCCAAAGACCUGACUAUAGAAAAAUUCAAGGCACAUUGGCGGACCUGUUGGGCUUAAUAUUGGAGGAGGAGACAGAAGUUGGAAGAGCAGCUAGCUUGAGUGAGGAGAUAAAGAAAAGAAAUAAGAUCCUUGUAAUCCUGGACGACGUUUGGGAGAGAGUGGAUUUAUCAAGAAUAGGAAUACCAAGCUACAAGGAACUUCAAAAGUGCAAUUCCAAAGUCCUACUCACCACAAGGAGAUGGAAUGUUUGUCAUGUCAUGGAGUGCCAAGAAAAGAUCACCCUCAACGUCCUCUCAAAAAAAGAUUCUUGGGCCUUGUUUGUGAGAAAUGCAAGGUCUUUUGAAUCGACCACUUUCAAGGGUGUAGCGAAGAAGGUAGCUAGAGAAUGUAGGGGUCUACCAAUUGCAUUGAUAGCAGUUGCAAGGGCACUUGGAGAUAAAGAACUAGUGGAAUGGAAAAGAGCAGCUCGAGCACUAGAGAUGUCACAAUUUGCCAACCCUGAUGAUCACGGAGAAGCAUCCAAAUGUAUAAAAUUAAGCUAUCAUUACUUAAAAGAUGAUGACUACAAGUCAUACUUCUUGCUCUGUUGCUUAUUCCCAGAAGACUUUGACAUCCCAAUUGAAGAGUUGUUCAGGUAUGCGAUCGGGAAAGGAUUGUUUCGAGAUGCCGACACCCUUGAAGAAGCCAGAGAGAAGGCUGAUUCUGUGGCCGCACACCUUAAACAUUCUUGCUUGCUUUUGGACGCAGACAGAUUUAGAAGGACAGAAAGAAUCAGAUGUGUAAGGAUGCAUGAUGUCGUCCGGGAUACAGCCAUUCAAAUUGCGCAAUCUGACGAUGGGUUUUUGGUCAAAGCUGGCCGUGGUUUAGAGGAUUGGCCACGUCAAUUACAUAGAGGCUACUCUGCAGUCUCACUAAUACGGAAUCGUAUUAGCAAGCUACCGGAAAGGUUAGCAUGUCCAAAACUCCAGGUUUUGUUACUAAAUCAUAUUGGGUCUAUAACUAGGAUCCCAGAAACCUUCUUUCAAAGUCCAAAUGAAUUAAGGGUCUUAAAUCUUAGUUACACUAAUAUUUCCUUACUACCCCAAUCAUUCAGUUUCCUAACCAACCUCCGAGCUUUGCAUUUAGAUAGAUGUGAGAAGCUAAUUGACAUUUCCAUGAUUGGAAAACUUAAGAAGCUUGAGAUUCUUAGUAUGAUCAGAAACUCACAUUUUCCUAGAGAAAUAGGAGGUUUGACCAAUCUAAAGAUUUUGGAUAUCACCGGUACAAGUGUUGAUCAAAUUCCAUCCAAAGUGAUAUCAAAAUUGCAUAAUUUAGAAGAACUGUACAUGAAUGGAUCAGAAGACUCGUACCUGCAAUGCCGAUUUUGUGAGUGGGGGAGAAAAGUUAAGGGAGAAGGAGAAGAAACCAAUGCUGGUUUUGAUGAGGUAACUAGUUUAGUGUAUCCCUAA